CAAUUUGAAGUUCUUGAGCAUGAUGUAAACAAAUACCUUGCCAAAAGACAUGUAUUUCUUUUUUAAGGCUAUAAUGAGAUGUGUUUCUAAUUUUAGAGUAAUGGCAUCCACUUCGAGAGCUAAUAACGAGGCAGCAAAAUGGACUCAAAGCGAACAAGAUUAUCUCUUGAAAUUAAUGGUUGAACAAGUGAAAGUUGGUAAUAAGAGUUCUAGCACUUUCAAUAAAGGUGGGUGGAACAAUAUCAAGAAGGGGCUUGAGGAAAAAUUUAAUCGGUCAUUUACGAUGGUUCAAUUAAGGAAUAAGAUGAAUAAAAUGCGAUUCGAUUACAGCGCUUUCAAGAGACUACUGGAUACUACAGGUUUUGGUUGGAAUUCCGUGACGAGGACCUGUACAGUUGAAGAUGACAGUGUUUGGGAUGUACACAUCAAGGCAAAUCGUGAUUGGUCAAAGUUUAGGAGGAAUGGGCUACCACAUUGGCCUGAACUAUGUAUAAUUUUUGGGGAUUCAUAUGCUAGUGGGAUAGGCGGAUUCGGGAAUGAAUAUGAUUUCAGGUUUGAAGAGGAAUCGAGAGGUGUUGAUGAUGAGGUGGAUGCAGAUGUAGAUGUAACUCCAACUACUCCAUUGGCUAAUACCUUGCCAACAAGUUAUUAUGAAAGCCAAGAUCCAGGAACUGAUCAUCCUAGAGUCAACAGAAGACUUGAUAGGACACCUACAGGAUAUAGGAAGAAGAGUAGGACAACUGGUAUUGAACGCGCCAUACAGACCCUAGCCGAGUCAGUAGCAAACAAGAAUACUUCAACCCCUAGCUCAACUCCAAUGGGUCUUACUCCAAAUACCACAGAUUUCAGCACUUCUACUUGUGUUAGAUUAUUGGAAACUAUGAAUGAUAUCCCAAGAGAGUUGCAUAUUAAGGCGUGCAAGAGGAUAUUGGUGGAUCGGGAAUGGAGAGAAUUAUUCAUUACUCUCAAGGAUAAAACGAAACAAUUGGCUUUUGAUGUGUUAGAUUGA